ACUCGGAAACGUUCAAAUCACCACAACUCCAUAUAUCCACCAUGAAUUCAUCAAGGAAUGUUUUGCGCAUGUUGGCUCAAAAAGGGGUGCCUCCGAAUACCUGGACCCCUCGGUCAGAGCUCAGCACAGCGUCCAAACGGCUAUUUCAUCCGCCACGAACAGCCAUCCCUCGAAGACCUCAGAUACCAAUCCUACCACAACGACCUAUACUAUCUAGAGCCCGAUAUGAAUCAACCGCUACGCCCCCAUCAGCGCAGCCACCUGCUGUCUCCCCCGGGAAGUCGCCCGAAUCCCGGCUUGAGCGCGACAAAGUCCCUUCCUACGACAUGACCUUCACCUGCAAGAAAUGCGACACGCGCUCCUCGCACCGGAUCUCAAAACAAGGCUACUUCCAUGGCACUGUACUUGUUACAUGCCCAGGUUGCAAGAAUAGGCAUUUGAUCGCUGAUCAUCUGAAGAUAUUCUCAGAUAAAUCCGUCACUAUCGAAGAUUUGAUGCGAGAAAAAGGCCAGCUCGUGAGGCGUGGUUCCUUGACUGCGGAAGGCGACGUAGAGAUGUGGCCCGACGAGACCACCACCCCUGAAAAAUCUGCAAAAGAGGGCAAAACUGGAUAAGAAGCAAUGAGAAAAUGAAAAUUGACUGAUUUGCCAACAUGGAGUUGAGAAAGAUUCAGAAGUAGGGAUUAUGCAAUAGGGCAACGCAGAGUCUUCCAUGGGCUACGGUCCUAUGUAGGGCUGAUGGAGAAGAACAAUUGUACGAUGUGUAAGAUAGCCGGUGGGCAUUGUAACAAAAUCUGGGAUUGUAAUUGGCGUUUAGAGAUGCUACAAAGCGACUUGAACAAGGCUCUCUAUCCGAGAUCGUUAUAUCUAUAUACCCACUACACACUAUAUUUAUGAGACCAUGAGUCUCUAAAGGCAGUCAUAGGCUGUCGUAUUCAUGAACAACUAGAUUUUUUCCUCGAAGCUUUUCAAAUUUAGAUUGCCAAAUCUUCACAAAAAUGGACAGUUAAGUGUG